AAUCUGACACAUGAACAUAUAAACAAGAGUGAAGAGAUCACAUGGUUAAGUGCAUUAGCCGAUCGGGACGCAGCGGCGCCAUUUUGGCUCCGUAUGCAUUCCACCGUGGAACGCAUAGAUUACCACUCUGAAAAACGCUACGUCCGGUGUGACGUUUGCGUUCCAAAGUGGUCACAGGAAACAGAAAAUGAACAAUGA